AUGGCUCCUUCCUCCAGGCCCGAUGGCCAUCUCAACCUCAACUACCUUCCUGCUUCGCAACCAAUGUCCGGCACCUCGACCGGAAGCUCGUCGCCGAAUGAGCAGCCGGGAUCAAAUUCUAUGAAAUCCUCCUUUGGAAGUUCAAAUGGGUUGAAUAACGCUGGAGGACCUCUCGGAAAUGCCAGGAUCGGGGCUGGUUCCCCUUCUCAUGACCUUGGCGCUCGUUUGUUCUCGAAGAGAGCUCGAGAGAUUCAGGCUCAAGAAGGACUUGCUCCAAAUAUCUGGGGACCUCCAACUAGCGGCAACUCGACGCCACUUCGAGAGAACAUCCCGGAAUCCCCAAGUCAAGAUGAAUUCCCUGAGUUGGUUUCUGCGCCAAAAGGCAAUCUUACCAGUCCUGCUCGAAGAACGAGAGCAGGAACAGUUCCUUCCCGUUUUUCUCCAGUUGGCACGUUAAAUGGUGUUGGUGCUCAAUCAUUUACGUCAAAAACAUCGAGGCCCACACCGUCAACAAGCCCGUUCCGACCCCCUGCGGUGGCAGGUAUCGACUGUUCUAGCAGAUCUUCGGGUGCUGGGAGCGGAAACAAUACAGCCUUACUUUCACGCCUUCGUGCCGGGUCCAUGCCACAACGUACAAGUGUACUUGGAGCCGGCGACCCAGGCACAAAAUUCAUCAACCACAAUUUGGCGGUCCAGGCAAUUUGGCCAAUCAAUGCUUCUUGCGAAGUCGUCCACCGUGCCCGCACUGCUGGAGUUUUGGAUACUCUUGCUCAGCGCUCAUCGAUCCGCAACUAUCUAGCCACUCCAUCCAGACUUGAUAAUAGCCUUAGUAUUGCAGACCUACGGAUUUCGGAGACAGCAGAAUAUGACGAUCUCCCAGAAGCAGUUCAGAUGUUGCAGUUGGGUGACAUGCAAAAUUUGCGACAAGGCCAGGAGAUCUUGGAUGAAACUAAUCUAGAUGGUCCUACUCGAGCAUUGUGGAUUGGCAGCAUUCCCGUCUCAACAACGGUGACUUCCCUUGACGCUAUUUUCAAUGUGUAUGGCAAAAUCGAGUCGACCAGGGUUCUGAUCUAUAAGAACUGCGGAUUCGUGAAUUUUGAACGAGUGGAAAGUGCGAUUCAAGCUAAGUCCCUUCUGAAUGGCAAAGAAAUAUUCCCAGGUGCUGGACCAGUACGGAUCGGCUAUGCGAAAGUGCCGGGGACAUCUGGUACCGGCACCCCUGGCCAAAACGGUGACCACCAAUCGCCCACUCCUGACCCAACCUCCAGUGGCUUAGGUCGUGGUGGAAAUAAUCCGGAUGUGCAAGAUGGGACUUCCGGGACGGACACUGCAAAUGGCCCUGGCCCUAAUAUACCGACUAUUCCACAGUUGGCCGAAUUACAACCAGAAAUGACACAGAUCGUUGCCGAAUUUGAUGCAUCGGAAGGAGAGUGUCAAAGCAUUACAGAGAGCAUUCAGCGAGCUGUGGCCUUUAAGUCAUUUGUGGACGAAAUUCCUCCAAUUCCAGAACCAAGUCAAGCUCGGGUCUAUGAUGCCCCUAGACUCCGGGAUAUUCGAAAACGGAUUGACAACGGCACGCUUGCAGUGAUCGAAACCGAGGAGACAGCAAACGGGAUGCUUCCUGAAAUCGCGGAAUUGUCAUCCGAUUAUCUUGGCAAUACGGUUGUCCAAAAGUUAUUUGAAUACUGCUCAGAGCCCACCAAAGAAAAAAUGUUGGCUGAAAUUGCUCCUCACCUUGCUGAGAUUGGCGUACACAAGAAUGGAACCUGGGCUGCACAGAAGAUUAUCGACGUUGCCAAGGACCCGAAGCAGAAACAGAUGAUUGUAGAGAGUCUUCGUCCGUACACUGUGCCACUAUUCUUAGAUCAGUAUGGCAAUUACGUGCUGCAAUGCUGUUUGCGCUUUGGACCUCCAUAUACCGAUUUUAUCUUUGAAUCUAUGCUCAGUCGGAUGUGGGAGAUCGCCCAAGGCAGAUUUGGUGCCCGCGCUAUGAGGGCUUGCUUGGAGAGCCAUCAUGCCACCAAAGAUCAACAGCGAAUGCUAGCCGCGGCUAUUGCUCUUCACAGCGUCCAGUUGGCGACCAAUGCAAAUGGUGCGCUAUUGCUUACUUGGUUUCUUGAUACAUGCACGUUUCCAUGUCGACGUACUGUUCUUGCCCCUCGCCUAGUUCCCCAUCUUGUCCAUCUCUGUACCCACAAGGUUGCCUAUUUGACGGUACUCAAGGUGAUCAACCAAAGGAACGAACCGGAAGCUCGCGAAACAGUCCUCAAAGCUCUGUUCUACAGUGCUGGAGAUGAAACGUUGGAACAAAUUCUCAGCGACCAGACUUCUGGUGCAACAUUUAUUUUUAAAGUUCUUACAACACCCUUUUUUGAUGAGAGCAUGCGCACUGAAGUUGUUCAGACUGUCGCCAAAGUACUAACAAAAUUGAAAACAACACCAAGCCAAGGUUAUAAACGACUAAUGGACGAAGUUGGGCUGUCCUCCCGGGGUGGAGGAAGCUCUCGGGAUAAUCAUCAUUCUAGGGAGAACCAAAAUGCCCAUAAUUCUAACAAUGAAAAGAACCAACGCCGACCCUCAUCAUCUCGACAAGCAAAUGCCAAUAGUUAUACUUCACACUCGCAACCAGAAAGACAAUUCGGUGGACAGUUUGCCCCAGUCCUACAGCCCCAGUCCUUUGAUUCUCCAACUGCCAUGGCACGAUCUAUUUCGUCAGAGCAGAGCCUUCCUCCUUAUGAUGUUUAUGGUAUGACUGCAAUGAAUGGCGUCAACGGACUCAUGAAUUUGUCUUCGAUGAGCAACAACCCCGGCUUUCCCCAAGAGCCUAUCCUCCCCAUAAACCACCUCCAAUACCAGACAUUCCUCGCCUCCCAAACACGUGGUAUGUCCCCUGGUGGGUUUUAUGCUCCGCAGAUGGCAGGGGCGACCUUCAAUAGCUUUCCAUCGGCACCAACUGCUCUAGACAGCUUUCGGGCCUUGCAACCGCAUUCAUCACCUCUUUCCGGGCCUCCACCGCAAAUAAGCUCAAGUCCAAUGCUUCACCAACCACCAUUUGCCCCUCCUCAGUUCACUGCGGCUGUGAAUAAUACUCAUAUGUAUUCUUCCUACCCACAGCAGUCCUAUCAAUCUCAUGCCAUCCAGGUUCCACCACCUGGCGGACGCCGUGGACGUAGAUAA